AUGUUCUAUGCAUUUUUGCUGACCGGUCUCGCACUCGAGCUAGUACGGGCAGCGCAAGCCGGAGACGAAUGCGAAGAGGUAGCUAGCAGUGAGCCCAACACUUGCAAGGCCUGUAGCGCCGUCGUCAACGGCAAGAAAUACUGCUCGCAGUGCAACGGCGGUGGGUCUCAAUCUGCCCCAACGGACGGAGUGUGCUCAGCAGACAAUAACGAGUGUACCCGGAAGCAAGAUGGGAAGUGCACACAGUGCGCUAAUAAGUCCUUCAUGUACAAGGGCGGAUGCUACAAGGAUAGCCAGGCACCUGGCAACACGAUGUGUGAAACAGCAAAUGCUGGAGUGUGCACACAGGCUAAGGAAGGAUACUUCCUGCCGCCGGGCACUGAUAACGCACACGACUCGGUUGUUUCGUGCGGGGAUACAACGGGCGUGACGCUUACUGGCGAUAAGAAGUACACGGGCGUGGCCGAGUGCGUCACCUGUACUCAGCCAGGGCAACUAUCAAUUGGUGGCACUAAGGCCGCCAUAUGCACCAAAUGUGCCGCAGACCUCUACUUGAAAAUAGAUAGAGGCGUUAUGGAGUGCGUCGCGGAAUCAGGAUGCGGCGAGGGCUUCUUCCCGACAAUCGUCGACGGUGUUAAGAAGUGUGCUGGCUGUAGUGAAGCUGGAAGCGGUGGCAUAGAAGACUGCGAACUAUGCAUACCUAGAGCACCUGCUCCUGAAGCAGGAGUCAAGGUCACCUGCUCUAAGUGUCAUGCUAGUAAGAAGGUCAGCCCCCUCAAGGACGAGUGCAUGGACAACUGCCCCGCCGGGACAUACGACAAGCAAAACGUCUGCACCCCCUGCCACUCGUCGUGUGCCAGCUGCCAGACCGACGACAAGGAGACCUCCUGCACGGCCUGCUACCCUGGACACUCCCUUCUGUAUGAGGCCAACGGAGCGACUGGGAGGUGCGUCAAGGAAUGCACUGGUGCGUUCAUUACCAACUGUGCAGACGGGCAGUGCACGGCUGACGUGGGGGGCGCGAAGUACUGUGCCCAGUGCAAGGAGGGAUAUGCCCCAAUCGACGGAGUGUGCACAGCAGUAAAAAUUGGGAGAGACGCGAGUGUAUGCACAGCUGCAAGCGGGAAGUGCACGGCGUGCACAGGAGCAUACGCCCUCAUUUCUGGUGGAUGCUAUGGUGUGGCGAAGCUUCCUGGAAAGGCUGUCUGCACGGCAGCUAACAAUGGAGAGUGCACUACUUGCGCGAACGGACAACAGCCCAGUGGAAAGGUCUGUCCGACAUGUCCAGCUGGCUGCUCAAAAUGUACAGGAAGUGCUCCUUCACAGCAGUGUUCGGAGUGCUUCCCGGGAUACUAUAAGUCCGGAACAAAGUGCGUAGCAUGCGACAAGGAUGAUGGAAGCAUUAAAGGCGUACCAAACUGUCUGAGCUGCAAGGAGCCAGCCAGUUCUUCCGGGGCUGUUACUUGUUAUUUGACACAACAAAAGACUGACGAUGGCACCGGCGGAGACACUGGAGGAGACAGUAUGAACAAGAGCGGCCUCAGCACUGGCGCCAUCGCGGGGAUCUCCGUCGCAGCCAUCGUCGUCGUCGGGGGCCUCAUAGGGUUCCUCUGCUGGUGGUUCAUCUGUCGGGGGAAGGCGUAA